GCGGGCGGGGCGGGGCGCCGCGGCCACAGCCUCGUCGCCGCCCGCGGGCCUGUCCGCCGCCCGGGCCCGGCCCGUCCCCGCUGCCGCCCGGCCAUGUGACCGCGCCGCCGCCCUCCGCGCGCCCGGCCCGCCCGCCGCGCGCCCGCGGCCCGGCCGCAGCCCAGGCCGCCGAGGGAGCGGGGGGCCGGCGCCAUGGCCGAGCGGGGCCGCCUCGGCCUCCCCGGCGCGCCCGGCGCGCUCAACACGCCGGUGCCCAUGAACCUGUUCGCCACCUGGGAGGUGGACGGCUCCAGUCCCAGCUGCGUGCCCAGGUUGUGCAGCCUGACCCUGAAGAAGCUGGUGGUGCUCCAGGAGCUGGAGAAGGAGCGCAUCUCCGUGGUGAUCGCCGUCAAGAUGCAG